GCCACAUAUAGUACUUGUAUCACUUUACAUCAUGACAAACACAAUGCCAUUAAUUGUUUACCUUCUCGCAUCUCUCUCCACACUUCCCUGCUUGAUCUUUUCUAAAACUCUUCCACCUAGAAGAAAUAUUGGGAUAACCGGAUUUACAAAACUCCCGCUACUCAAUGUGGGAUUGGGAGGCACAGGAUCGCUGACAUUUGACUCGUUCAAUAAAGAUCCAUACACAGGUACUACCGAUGGACGAAUUGUGAGGUACAACAAGCUCACCCGAACUUUCGAAGAUUUCGCUUACACUUCACCAAAUAGGACCAGGGCAUUCUGUGAUGGCACCACUGACAUUGCGAGGUUCCAAAUAUGUGGUUUUCCAAAAGAAUUGAGUACCGACUAUCUUACUCGGGAAAUUUAUGCCGUUGAUUUUUUCCUCGGCCGGCUGACGAGUGUUGGACCUUCCGGUGGGCUGGCUACUCUUCUAGCCCCGACUAACGGCCGUCCACCUUACAAUCAACUUCUUGGCGUAGACGCCGCUACAAACCGCAAAGUUUACUUCACUGAUGGUAGUAGUGUAUAUGGUCCAAGCGAGGUGGAUAUCUCGAUACAAACCGGCGAUUCAACGGGAAAGUUGUUGGAAUACGACACGCAAUCGGGGGUUGUGACGGAGUUACUCACGCAACUCGGAGGUCCGACCGGGGUGGCCACCAACUUUGAAGCCUCUUAUGUUCUUUUGGCCGAGUUCAAUGCCAAGAGAAUCCAAAAGUAUAAUUUAAAAGGUGAAAAAGCUGGUACUUCCGAAAUACUCUUAAGAUCGACGGGAAAUCUCAACUCGAUUAAGAGAAUCAAAGGGGAGGAAAAUUUCUGGGUUGCUAAUAACAUUUCUGUUAAUGAAACCUUUGUGGUUCCUCAAGCGCUGAAGUUUAGUGGCCGUACCGGAGAAAUACUGGCAACGUUGGACCUCAGUCCACAGUAUAAUCAGCGAGUUGGGGUCGUUUUACAACAAGAUGAUGAACUAUUUGUUGGGGCUCUCAACGUACCAUUCAUCGGCAAGUACAAGUUGGUAUACUUUUAAUUGGUUACACUUAACAAUGUGUUAGAAAGUGAGGAAUGGUUAAUGAAUAAUAUGAGGAAAUAAAUAUGGCAUUAUGUAUUAUGGCUUUCUUCCCCUCUACUUGUCACUUUACCGCCCAUAUGAUGAGUAUUAGUACAAAGGAAGAAUUCUCAUCCAUUUUUAGUAUCAUAUUCGCAAUUUAAUAAUCA